AUGACUUACACUCAAUUGCUAUCGUAUCUGAUUCAGAAUGGGACUGUCGUGCCAAGGGCAUUACCUCCAAUGCUGAAGCCGUAUAAGCCUUGGUAUGAUGAGAAUGCUAGAUGUGCCUUUCAUGCUAAUUCAGAGGGUCAUACAACAGAGAAUUGCAAAGUGUUCAAGCUCCGGGUCCAAGAGUUGAUAGAUCAGAAAAUAUUGUCUUUUGCUAAUGUUCCAAAUAUGGGGAACAAUCAUUUGCCUAAACAUGAUGGUUCAGGCGUCAAUGCUAUAGAUAGUUCAACUGAUGAUGGAUUGAUAAAGGAUGUGUUCAAGUUGAAGACUCUUUUAACGGUGGUCCAUGCUAGAUUGAUGGAAGCAGAAUUGAUGAAUGGAGUACAUGAUAAUUGUGUGGUGUGCUCAUCCAACCCUGAUCAGUGUGGUGAAUUCAAAAUUUGUCUUCAAUGUUUGAUGGAUCAACGGGUUAUUCAGUUCACCAAAGCAAAGAUUGAUGAGGAUGUUGCUGUGAUUGUGCCUGUGUUUGAUCAAGAGAGGCUUCCCAAGCCUUUUGUGGUCCCUUAUCAGAGAAAUGAUGACCUUGAGCCAGUGAAGAAGAUUGAGCCCAUGGUUAUUUAUGUUCCUGCUCCAUUCUCAUUUGACAGUACCAAAGCAGUUCCUUGGAACUAUGAGCCUGUAGUUUAUGUGGGUAACAAACCAGUAAUCUUGAAAGAGCCAGAUGUGACUAACAUCGCUGGAGCUAGUGGUGUGACUCGAAGUGGAAGGGUUUUCUCUCCUGAAGUGAUCCCAAACAAAGAAAGUGCACCAACAGUUGAACCAACGAAGGGGAAAGAGGUGAAUCCUUCAGAAGUCGGAGAAGGCUCAUCUAAGAAAGCAGUGACUGCUGAAGAGGAUAGAGAAUUCUUGAAAAUCAUCAAGAAGAGUGACUACAAGUUCUUGAACGAAGCUUAUGUGGCAGAAGACAUCAGUGUUAUUCAGUUUGAUAACGUGGUUGCUAAUCUCAAUACUAGUAGUUGUUUGAUGUUCACUGAUGAUGAUUUACCCCCUAAUGGGCGAGAACAUAAUAUGGCGCUUCAUAUCUCCAUUCAGUGUACAGAUGUUACUUUGGCUCGAGUACUGGUGGAUACAGGUUCAUCCUUGAAUGUGUUACCUAAGACUACCCUGGAACAAUUGAAUAUUGAAGGGGUGCAGAUGAGACCCAGUGCUUUGAUAGUGAAAGCUUUUGAUGGUUGGGGCACAGUGAUUGAAUUACCAGAGAAGAAAGACAAGUGUGGAUUAGGAUAUCAGCCGUCUAUUGAACUUUUCAAAUAUCAGAAGAUACAUCAAAGAAAGGUUCCUAUCAACCAGGAAAUAUUCUCCAAAGCUGGAUUCCGAAGUGAUGAUCAAAUGAAUGCUCUUGAAGAUGAAGAUCCAGAUUUGUCCAAGAUGGUGUUUUGUGGACCUUCGAAUGCCGCUCUCACUAACUGGAAGGCAACAGAUGUUCCGGAUAUAGUUUCUUGUUCAAAGUAA